AUGCAUGCAAGAAGGUAUGCGAUCGUAACAGGUGCAAACAAAGGAAUUGGAUUGGAAAUAUGCAGACAGUUGAUUUCCAAUGGCAUAUCGGUGAUUCUGACGGCUAGAGAUGAGAAAAGAGGAAGCGAAGCUGUUGAGAAUCUGCUUAAAGAGAGUAAUGGAAAAGAUGAACUCGUCAUCUUCCAUCAGCUUGAUGUUGCAAAUCCGUCUACUAUUCCUAUCCUUGUUGAUUUCGUCAGAUCCAAGUUCGGAAAGCUUGAUAUAUUGGUGAACAAUGCUGGGAUAGGAGGAGCAUCACUUGAUGCCUAUGCAAUAAAAGCUGUUGCUGCUUUGACUGGAGGAGUUCAAGCCAAUUUUAAGAAAGCAACGAUUCAGACUUAUGAAUUGGCUGAAGAAUGCAUUCAGAUAAAUUAUUAUGGUGCAAAAAGGAUGAUUGAAUCAUUUAUUCCACUCCUCAAGCUUUCUGAUUCACCAAGGAUUGUCAAUGUCUCUUCUUCCUUCGGAAAACUCAAGGUAUAA